CAUAGCUGCUCCUUUCACAUUUUAACCCUUUCUUCUCCACCGCGAUCACGUUGAGGUUUUGUUUUCACUGUACGUACGCAGCACAAGUUUUCUCAUAAUUUCAGCGAUGAAGGAUUUGGAAAAAGUGUCCAAAGUUAGUGAUGAUUGCACACUUACUAUCCUUGAGCUGCGGGAGUCAUACAACAACUGGAAAUCAGUUGUAUGGGUUGUUAGAAUUCUACACGAGGCUCAAGGGGAUAUUUUAUUAACAACUGGAACUGCUUUCUGUGUGAGUAGUGAUGGAUUGAUACUUACUUCUGCACAUCUUUUCCCAAAGACUUCAUAUGUACUUGAUGUCAGGAGGUUAGAUGAAGCUAAUUUUCGCCGGGCUAAUGUAGUGUUUGAAAAACCGAAAUGGGAUGUUAUAUUACUACAGGUCCUAGAUGUGAAUGGUUGCCAGUAUGCUACACUUACCAAUGAUGGUUCACUGUCAGUGGGCCAAUCUUUAUUACAUAUAGGCAAUCCCUAUCAAUUUGUGGGAUCAUUCUUGAUGGGCAAAGUUGCAUUUGAAUGCAUAGACCAUGUCGAAGUACCUAUAUUCGGUGCAACUUGUAAAACUUAUGUAUCUACUGCCCUAUCGACCACACCUGGACAUAGAAUUAUGGGUCAUGUUUGGAAUAAAGAUAUUUUUAGGCAUUCUUCGUUCGGUACUUAUGCAAAAAAUCUUCAUCCUCUUGUUCCUAUAAUACAAAUGUAUAGCCUUAUUUGUGGGGAAGGUUGUUCAGGUGGCCCCCGCUGA